AUGAAUGAUGGGAAGCUUAUCCACUUUAGGGAGUAGUGAGGAGUUAUCGAACAAAAUUGAAAGUGGGAAAGAGGAAAUUGUUGAAUAAUUUGGGGAUUUACGUCGCUGAAACAAAAUCAUACUGUUCCUUGACAAAUUCACAUACUAUGCUUUUAUCAUAAACGCUCUUGAAUACUAGCGAAAGUCGCAUGAAUUGCAUAAAUCCUGCUUAGGCCGGUGUCAUCUGAGGCCCAUGACGAGCUUCUGGGAACCAGGGGGCCGAGUAUUCACUAGCAUAUUCCUUGAAGCAGAAGACAAGGAGGUGCAAUAAGGAAAAGUUAUGUCGCAGCAUGAAGGUGUAAGUUGUGACUCAUGCAGCAAGGGAAACUUCAGAGGGAAGCGAUACAAGUGUUUAGUUUGUUUUGAUUAUGAUCUUUGUGCCUCGUGCUAUGAAAAUGGAGCAAGGAGUUCACGGCAUUCUGCUGACCAUCCAAUGCAAUGCAUCUUAACAAGAAGCGAUUUUGAUUUAUUUUAUUCUGGCGAAGCUGUGCAGUUUGAUCAGCCACAGUCUUUUACAUGCCCGUACUGUGGCAAAUUGGGUUUGACAGAGAACCAGUUGCAUGAGCAUGUUACUGGGGAGCACUUAUCUUCUUCCGCUGAAGUGAUAUGUCCUGUCUGCGCAGCAGUACCAGGGGGUGAUCCUAACCGUGUCACAGAUGACCUUGGCGGGCAUCUCAAUAUGGAGCAUAGAAAUUCACGUGAACAUGAUGAGCGACUAAGCAGAAACAUUAGAAGCAUUUUUCACCCGGCUAGAGGCGGUGGACCACCAAGGAUACGAAGAGGAAACCCGUUUUCAAGUGCUGUUACUAGCAGAACGUGCUCCUCUGCCACAUUUUCGUCAGCUAGGGAAAACAUUGACCCGAUCGCAGAGCUGUUGUCGCAACUCUCGGGCGUUCGACGCGCUGCACAGCAGCAAAGUGCCGCUGCCACAGCUUCUCAGCUACAGCUAUUACAACAGCAGUUGCAAUUUGAAAGACAGCAGGUCCAGCAAGCUCGCGAUAGACUAGAGCGACUUCCGGUUCGAAAACAAGCUACUGCUUCAAAUGGAACAACAACUGCCGUCCCGAAGGAGACGCAAUCUGGCAACGCAAAGGAGCAAUUUUUGCUCCCGACAUACUACACUGAAACCAAACAGAAGUCGGAGACAGAAAAAGAGGCAGAAAAGCGCGAUUUUAGAGAGCUGUUUUGUCGUGAAUUAUUUUUCUCGUUUAUUUCACCCGAACUUCAAAAUGAUUUACCUGAUAGCGGGGUCAAAACAAAACAAUCAGAUCAGAGUGAAAGCGAACAAUCCGUUGCAAGCACUCAACAGAACUUUGAAACCCUUCAGUUAAGUGAAUCGCCAGCGGAAGAUGAGCCGCGCGGUGAAAGUCAAGCAGCGCAAGCGGAAAGUAGUUCAGCAGACGACAUUGUAGUUUCAAAAGGCCGCAACGGCUAUCAGUCUGACUGUGUAUGCAACAGCGAUCCGGAAACUACCGCUCCGUGAAAUUAAUUUUUUCUGUUAUGAUUGCCAUCCUAGCUUCUAUGAAAAUUGUGAAUUAAUUGCUGUAUGGUUGUCUGUUUUUGUCCAUUACACAGGUUUUUCAUUUAAAGUUUAGAUUUCGAAUUAAUCCACGUUUUUGCAGCAACUUCUAGGAACAAAUGUGUUUCUUUGCUGCGAAGCUUACACUUUCUGUUAUUCGAAGCCAUGAACACAAACUAACUAUUAUUUAACUUUGCGCCUUUUUUCUUGGUAAAGCAAGGUCAUUUUAGAUUUUUAGAUUGCUUCAAGAAUUUUUCAUUUAGGUUUUUUGUUUCAUAUUCACAUAAAGUGAAAACGAGUCCUUGAUUUUUCUGUCACAGUUUGAUGAAUGUGUAAGCAGUUAUAAAUCAACUUCGACUUGUUACUCCACUCACUUGUAAAUGGAGUAAACGAAAAGAUUUCUAGUCACUCGAUAUCAUCACAUUUUCUUGCUGGUAUAUUCAGCUUUAUAACCAAUAGCCUUCAAGGUAGGAUAACAUCUUUCCACUCCUGAAAACGUUGGCGCUUUUUGUGCCCGUAGGAGCUCUUCUGAAGGGGCAUCGACUGGAGGCUUUUAUCGUGUCCACUAGUGAAAAGGUUGAUAGGCCUAUUCUUUUAGUAGCAAAUGCAAUUUGAUCAAUGAAUGGGGGUAAUGCCAUACAUUGAUCAAGGAAGGGGGUGGUAUGUUGAUAACGGCUCUGAGUUCCCCCGUGCCGGAAAAUAUAAUAUUAUUUUAGAAAUGAAAACGAUUGGUUAUGCCAAAAGUUGCUUUUUAUUGAAGAUAAUUCUUUGCUGUAUA